AUCGCCAUAUGUCGCGAUAUGGAUUUGCAAAUCCAAGAAAUUGCAAAGCAAUCCACUUCGAUGUUCUACCCUUUCUUUUUGCAUAAAACGUAUAAAUUGUCUUCGGAUACGCUGAACUGCGUAGAUUGGUCAAGCGAUGGCUGCCUUGUUGUCGCUGGAGGAGAUGACCACGUUAUACGCGUAGUUGGAUCUCGCGACUAUCGCAACCUUUUCAUUCAUCCCUUAGCAGCACAUCAAGGAUCCAUAGUCACUUGCCAAUUCAUAAAUAAUAAUUAUGAUCUCAUAUCUGUCUGUAGUAGAGGUAUCGCGAAUGUCUGGAUAGCUUCUAUUCAACCUGGAGAUUUGGUCGAAGGAACAUGGACGAAACCUGAGGAGGAUAUUGCGAGCGAGGACGAAUCAGUAACAAGACUGCACUAUAACAAAGAAAAGCGGUAA